AUGUUUCUUUGUGGUAUUCCAAAGGUCACCCUUGAAGGCACCUUGGAAAAUUGGUUACAUCUUCAAGAAAAAAGAGCAAAAAUCUGUGAUAUAGAAUUAGACAUUGAUUUCUGGUUAGAUAGGUUAGAACCAGUCAUCACUUAUAAGAAUGGAUGGUUAGGUACUUUGUUUCCUAACAACAACUACGGAAAUAAAAUUAAGAAAAAUGAAAUUGAUCCUGGUGAAGAGUCUUCUGGAUUAGUACAUGUCCCAUUCGAUUUGGUUACGAUGGGAAGAGUAACUUUUAGAUUAAGUUUUGAUGCAGAAACUAUAUCUGCUUCCACUUCAUCUCCAGAAACUACUACCACUUCCCCACUUUUGAAUGAAGUGUUGGAGGAAUAUGGUCUUGAAUCUGAAGGCAUAGGUGCAAUUCCAUUAUUCAUUUCACCAACUCAUGAUAUUCAAAAUAGUGAUAAGUACUUUGAAGAAUGUAUCACAGAAAUUAACAAGAGGUGA